CUAAUCUUGUUGCUGGUAAAAGUAAAAAAGGAAAAAAAAAAGUCAAACGAGAGACGGGAAAGCUAAAUUCCCUUGGGUAGUUCGGUGACAAAGAGAGUGCAGGAGGUCCUAUCAAGUCUUAAACCCUAAAUUGAAACAAACUUCGCUUCUAAAUAACCUCGAACAAACCAAACCACAAACACAAAAUCCUUAACUGUUUGUCUAUCGACUGACACAAACAUUGGAAGCAAAAAGUACCCUUUAACCCGACAGAGGAAGCAGCAAACAUGAAGAUUCUGAGUAGGAAACUGCUGCACCAGCGCCAGUUAUCCUUCAAACAAGCUAUUCGUUGCAAUGCAUAUUCUACUAAGAAAAUCUCAGAUUUUGGACAACCAACUCCCGUAACUCAUCCGCAGUUAAUGAAGGAAGGGGAAAUUACACCUGGUAUAACUAGUGAGGAAUACAUCUCAAGAAGAAAAAGGUUGUUGGAACUUCUACCAGAGAAAAGCUUGGCCAUAAUUGCUGCCACCCCUGUAGAGAUGAUGACUGAUGUUGUGCCUUACACAUUUUGACAAGAUGCAGAUUGCUUGUAUCUUCCCGGUUGCCAACAACCUGGUGGAGCGGCUGUAUUAAAUCAUGAGUUUGGUUUAUGCAUGUUCAUGCUGGAAGUAAAAGCUUAGGUGUGUUUAUAUUGUCUGACUGAAUAUUUUCGUAUCCAACACUUUUCUUGACUAAUUUUGGCAGUGAGAAGGCUUUAAUCCCUUUUUUUAAAGAAUUGUUCCAUUUGCAGUUGGAAUUGGGCAGGUUGACAUGAAAAUAUACUAUUACUAGAAGCAUACAGCAUGGGUAUAAGAAGCAUGACUGGCCACUAAACUCAGAUAUGAAUACAGCAUGAGUAUAAGAAGCGUUAUGGCCACUUUUUGAGUAAUUGAGGAUUAUCUUACACUUCUUUUCACAUAUACUUUUAUGGUUUUUGUCAUUGGCUGAACUGCUAAAGUGGUCAUGGCUUAUAAGAAAGAUGAACUUAGGGCUUGUUGAGUGCAUAUACUUAACGUGGUUUUUGUUGACUGUCUUACCAAUCAAUAUUGCACAUCUGUGAUUGAGUUGUUGGUAGAGGACAAACAUUUCUUCUCUGAGUUUAAGAGGCUAAUUUUCAUUUACAAUUUGGAAAGAGUGGUAUUUGGGUUUUUAUAUAAUUUUGAAUUUUGCUACCAUGAUAGAAGGUCCUUGUGAAUUUAUGAGGACAUCAGAUUGAAAAUGUCAUAUUCUUUGCAUUUUGAAGUUGCUACCAUGGCAAAGAGUCCUUAUGAAGAUGUGUCCUAAGUAGAUUAACAACAUCAGACUCUUUGUGCAAGUUACUUAAUGGGGAUGUGUUGCAGGUACCAAGGCACUGGAAUAAGAAUUGAGGAUGAGGCUCUGAUUACAGAAACAGGUUGUGAGGUUCUAACUGGAUCGAUGCCAAAAGAGAUCAAACAAAUUGAAUCCUUGCUAAACAAUUACAGUCAUGGAAUGGGAAUGAAGGACCAUAACAAUAUAAAAGCUGCAACUAGUUCACGGUUCCUUGGAAAUUGUUGGGCCAAGGUUGUCACCUGCUGGCAAUGGAAAACAUUUCUGAGGCUUUGUCUAUUUCAGUCCCAAGGAGAUAUGGUAUCCUUUCAUGCGAACGUUUCCAGUUUUCCCGCAAAAAUAGCCUAUCAUGUGGCAUCUAUGCAUACCCCCCAACUCUUGUGAAUCAGAAUUCUCCUUGUUUUCCUUGUUUUGUUUGACAUUGCCAGUAAACAAGGGCUAUCAGGCGAUUCUUUUCACCUUUAGAUCUGCAAGUUUGUCAACAUCUAUUAAUUGUUGUAUAUUGAUAGUCAAUAAAUUUACCAGUAUUCAGGGGAAAUAAUUCCCGGUUUUGAAUGAUAAUAGCCUUCAUCUUUUUUUUUACCUAAAAAAUUUUUAUAUUAAGAGGUUGGGCUCUUUAUUUACAGGCUUAGCCCAGGCUCAGUGAGUCUAGGUUAGAAAAUGGUGACACAAGUGGAAAGUGGUAUUAAUUGUGACAAACGAUCAUCAAUGACAUGUUUGUACAAAAUAAACAGGCAUGGUGGACCUCCUAUUUCCAGCGAGCAUGGCCAUAACUACAUCCUUCACGGUUGCAGAGUAAAAUAAUAAAGGCUGCUGCUUCCCCCAUUCAGUGAUAGUAAAGAAGUUUCAGAACCUAGUUAUUUUCACGUGCUGCUCUGCUUUAAAGUAGUAAUUAGGAUGGUGAUAUAAUGAUAUGCAGGCUCCCUAAUUCAUUUUUUACAUGGACACUAUAGAUUGGAGUUUCUUUUUCUUACAAUAAGACUCUAAUACAAAAAUUGUACGUGCAUGUGGUUAGGCUUAAUGAUCCCGAUUUCUUACAAAUAACUAGGGCUAAUUGUCAUGUUGUUUUGUUUCCAAUACUUAACAUCAAUCAACAAAUGAAGUGGCUGAAUAUGUUUUUAAUGUUUAGAUUUUCAAAUGAGCAUAAAUAAAGCUCCAACAUCUGUGAUUUCUUCAAAUUUCAGCAAGCAUCCAGAAUAGGAUAGCAGUUUUCGGUAGUAAUAGAUACGUUGUACGUUGGGUCCACAAACUCCCACCCGUGUAUGGUUCGAUCCUUAUCACAUACAAACGUGAUAAGUCAUGUCAAUAAAUGGAUUCCCCCUCCCACCUAAAUUAUACUUGGCGUAUUCAUAUUGGCAACUACUUUUAAACACUCACCGUUCCCCGUUUUUCUCUCCCAUUAAUUCCUGCAAUAAAUGUCUAACUGUAUCAUAAAUAUAAAAGGUAACUGUGCAAGAAUCUUGUGGCCCUUUCUGUUUACCUAAAUUACUCCCCUGUUAGUUGUUCACCUAAACCCCUAAAC